AUGGGAUCCGGCGUCGAACACCACCGCGCCAACCCUGCAGCUGGGUAUCCAGCCGUUUCUCCUCAAGAGGUGGCUAGAUAUCCCACAUCGCGCCGUUCCAUGGAGCCUGAAGAAGAUAUCAUCUCUACACCUCGAGAUGCCCGGUCGUCUUCGGUUAAGCAACACAAUGGACAUCAAGAAGCAUCCGACGAGCAACGGGAACGCACUUCCACGUACAGGCCAGCGCCGUCAAUUCCAGCGCCCGCCAUUUCGAUGAAGCGAAAGUUCAUACCAGCUGGUAUCCCAGCCAUCGAGCGUUCUAUGCUUUUCGACAACCCAGAUAAUGUUGGCCGAGAACACAUGGCGUCGGAAAGGACGUUCCUCGCGUACAUGCGAACCGGCCUUGCCAUAGUCUCUGCUGGCGUCAUCUUUGUCCAACUGUUCGCUGUUUCAAACGCCAUACUUCUGGACCAGGAUAUGCCGCCCGCCUUCACGGCCAGAGAGAUCGAACGCUUCGCUAGGCCAUUGGGACUGGCCUUGAUUGCUUUGGGAUUUUCGGUCGUGGUGAUAGGGCUGUAUAGGUAUCUGUCCGUGCAGAGUGCACUACAAGUGCAGAAAUACCCAGUAGCUCGUGUUACUACGGCUUUUAUUUCCUUUGUUCUUGGAGGUGUCACCGCUGUUCUCUUUGGAGUCAUGUUAAGAGGGAAUCGAGGCGAAUAA